AUGACGUGCUCUUUCCUGAUCGAUCAAUAUGCCUAUGAACUGCCCUCCUGUUUGCUCACAGUUCCUUAUCUACACUAUUACGUAGAAGCUUUGCUUAUAGCAACAAUAGUAUAUCUGUAUAUAAACAGAAAGAAGUCAGCCACAAGCCAUGAACACAAAUUAACGGAAAAGCAAAAAGAUGAGUUAAUCGCUGAAUGGAGUCCAGAACCACUCGUUCCUGACACCCCACAGGACCAUCCUGUCUUGAAUCCAAAGUUUGCAGAUGGGAAGAUGACCAAAUAUGUGAAGAUAGACGGGAAAGAUUACUUGAAUAUGGCCACUUCUAAUUUUCUUGGAUUUGUUGGCGAAAAAAGGAUUGAGGAAGUUGCCAAGAAGACAAUUCGUAAGUAUGGUGUAGGUUCAUGUGGUCCGCGUGGAUUUUAUGGAACUGUCGACGUUCAUCUUGAUCUGGAAUCUGACUUGGCGGCAUUUAUGGGAUGUGAGGAGGCUGUACUAUACAGCUACGGUUUCGCCACUGUAGCAAGCGCGAUUCCAGCAUAUGCGAAGAAAGGAGACAUUAUUUUUGUAGACAAAGGUGUGAAUUUCGCUAUUCAAAAGGGGUUACAAGCUUCCAGAAGUCGUGUUGAGUGGUUUGAACACAAUGAUGUAGAAGAUUUGGAGAGAUUACUGAAAGAACAAGAAACCAGAGACAAAAAAGAUCCCAAGAAAGCUUCCACAACUCGUCGUUUCAUAAUAGUCGAGGGUUUGUACGCGAAUACGGCUGAUCUUUGUCCACUACCACGUAUAAUGGAGCUCAAAUGGAAGUACAAGGUGUGA